AUGAAAUGCCCCUGCCCCGCCAUCCCAAUGCUCAACUUCUCCCACUACAUCUCCAACACCAGUCGAACCCACAUCAUGUCGUCCAAACAAGCUGAGGCGCCCAACCUGGCUGAUGGCGCUCCCGAGCAGAGCCUCCCAUCUCGUCCUGCGAAGCAACCCAAGGAGAAGGCCCCCAAGGCCAAGAAGCCUGGUCUCGAGGCUGGUGCCCCUCCUUGUCCUUCUUGCGAUCACCUACCAGAACUGCCCGCAUUCAUUCAGUACCGACUAGAUAUUUUUGAUAAGAUCAAGGCCCGCCAGGACGCUGAGAUUGCUGCGAAACCUCGUGAGGAGAUUACCGUCUCUCUACCCAGUGGCAAAGAGGAGAAGGGCACUUCAUGGGAGACUACCCCUGCCGCCAUUGCCAAGAGUAUCUCUAAGUCUUUGUUUGAGCGCACUGUCAUCUCCAUGGUUGACGGUGAGCUGUGGGAUCUGACCCGACCUCUGGAGAAGAGUUGCAAUCUUGAACUUCUCGACUUUGAGCACACCGAAGGCAAGAAGGUCUUCUGGCAUUCGUCAGCGCACAUUCUUGGUGAGGCUGCUGAGCGUCGUUACGGAUGCUACCUCUGCAACGGCCCGCCUACCACUGACCCUCCCGGUUUUUAUUACGACAUGGCGAACAUGGACGGCCAGGCAAUUGCUGAUGAGGACAAGAAGGCCCUGGAGUCCCUCUCCAGCAACAUCAUCAAGGCCAAGCAGCCAUUCGAGCGUCUUGAGAUGACCAAGGAUGAACUUCUUGAGAUGUUCAAGUACAGCAAGUACAAGGAGCAUUUCAUCAACCAAAGAGUCCCCGAAGGAACCAAGAGCACUGUUUACCGAUGCGGCCCCCUCAUCGAUUUGUGCCGAGGCCCUCACGUCCCCCACACUGGCAACAUUAAGGCCUUCUCUGUGCUCAAGAGCUCAGCUGCCUACUGGCUUGGCGACAGCAAGAACGAGUCGGUCCAGCGAAUCGCUGGUAUUUCUUUCCCCGACAAGAAGCAACUGGAGGAGUACAAGCACUUCCUUGCCGAGGCUGCGAAACGCAAUCACCGAAAGAUCGGCCAAGACCAGAAGCUCUUCUUCUUCGACGAAGCCUCUCCCGGUUCCACCUUCUUCCUGCCACACGGUGUACGCAUUUACAACGCCCUCGUGGACUUGAUCAAGGGCGAAUACCGAACCCGCGGUUUCGACGAGGUUAUGACUCCCAACAUGUACAAGUCCGACCUGUGGAAGGUCUCUGGUCACUGGGGACAUUAUGAGGAGAACAUGUUCACCUUCGAUGUCGAGAAGGAGCGUUAUGGCCUGAAGCCCAUGAACUGCCCCGGUCACUGCAAGAUCUUCUCACACGCCGAUGUCAACUACAAGGAUCUGCCAUGGAGGAUGGCCGACUUUGGAGUGCUGCACCGAAACGAAUUCUCGGGUGCCCUCUCUGGACUCACCCGAGUUCGCCGUUUCCAGCAGGAUGAUGCCCACAUCUUCUGCACCGUCGACCAGAUCCGAGAUGAGAUUGAGGGAGCCUUUGACUUCCUGAACAGUGUCUACGGUGUCUUUGGCUUCUCGUUUAAGCUGAAGCUCUCCACCCGCCCAGAGAAGUACGUUGGUGACAUCGCCACUUGGGACCUAGCCGAGAAGAAGCUUGAGGAGGCCCUGAACUCCUUCGCUCAGAAACACGAUGCCAAGUGGGAGAUGAACCCCGGUGACGGUGCGUUCUACGGCCCCAAGAUCGACAUCACUCUGUACGAUGCUCUCCGCCGAGACCACCAGUGCGGUACCAUUCAGUUGGACUUUAACCUUCCGCGACGAUUCAAGCUUCGAUACUUGGCAGGCAAGGAUGAGAGUGGCGUCAGUGACGGCAGCGAUCCCUCGGAGGACCUACCUGCCGGAUACGCUCGCCCAGUCAUGAUCCACCGAGCCAUCAUGGGUAGCUUUGAGCGCAUGUUUGGUGUGCUCACCGAGCACUUUGCUGGAAAGUGGCCGUUCUGGCUGAGCCCCCGCCAGAUCCUCGUUGUUCCCGUCAUGCCGGCAGCCAACGAGUAUGCCCAGGAGGUGCGAGACAUCUUCCAGAAGAAGGGAAUGUAUGCCGAUGCGGAUCUGAGCAGCAACACUUUCCAGAAGAAGAUCCGUACUGGCCAGCUGGAGCAGUACAACUUUAUUUUUGUGGUUGGUGCCGAGGAGGCCAGCAGUCGCACCCUUAACAUCCGAAACCGAGACGACCAAGCCACCCAGACCAAGGGCUCGUUGGUCCCUGUCGAAGAGGCGCUUGAGAAACUUAGCCAGCUUAAGACUGACCGAGGCUUGGUAAACAAGAUCUAA